UGGAUCUCCGCAAGGGAUGUGAGGACUCUGAAACUUCACCUGAGCCUCCCUUGGCAUAUGGUACCAGAGGAAGUUGUUACAGUGCUACUGCUGCCAUAGAUCAGGACUGUCAUGAAGGCCAGAGCUUGUACAAGAAGGGAGUGGAGCGCCAUCUUCCUCGUUCUGGCCGUGGCUGUCUUAAUCUUACUGCUACACAACAUGGACGUUCUGGAGUUUCAGCAUGAAGUGAACUCCAUCAUCCUCCCGAGAGUUACCACUCACCCUGACAUGAAUCACAGCUUCUGCACCUUCCAGCCACUCUCCCGUGAGGACACUCUGGAGGAACGCCUCCUACUAGACUCCAUUGCUUGGCCUGAAACUCCACCUUUGCCAGCUCCUCUUUACUCAGUGAAUACCAGUGAUCCAGCUCACAGCACCUUCACCAUUCUCCCAAGGAGGGGAGGAGGACAGUGGCAAGUAGGGGAUCAGCUGGAGGUUAUGAUAACAAUGUCUGACUUCCAUGGUCAUCCCAAGAAGUCUGGGGGGGACUUCUUACUCGCCCGGCUCCACAACCUGAAGCUUGGUGCAGGUGUAGCUGGGCAAGUGUUGGAUCAUCUCAAUGGGAGCUACUCUGCUGUGUUCUCUUUACUCUGGGAAGGAGACGCACAGGUUGAGGUGAUGCUGGUUCAUCCUGGUGAGGCCAUCUCCGUGUUGAAAAGGCUGAACAGAGAACAUCCUGACAGGGUUUACUUCAGGAGCCUCUUCCGCACAGGCUCACUCUCUGAAACUACUGUCUGUAACGUCUGCCUACGUCCAACCCAGCAGCCGCUGUGCAACUACACUGACCUCCGGACAGGUGAGCCUUGGUUCUGCUACAAGCCAAAGAACCUGAGCUGUGAUGCCAGAAUCAGCCACACCAUGAAAGGAAAAGGUGGCUUCACCAUGGCCUAUGAGAGGAAGCUCUUUCGGAGGGGUGUCAACUUAAAAGUCUACAUUCAGGCCUCAGGACCUGGCAAUGUCACUGUGUUGCCAAAAAAGAAAGGUCAACCGGAGGUGAAGAGUAGCAGUGUGACAUCUGGACCCUCUGGCUAUUACUACCAGGGUGCAUGGCGAGCACUAGAUGGAACAACAGUUCAACAGUUCAACAUCUAUAACAUCACUAAGUGUCUGAAAGGGAAGAAAGUCCACAUGUAUGGAGACUCCACCAUCAGGCAGUGGAAUGAAUUCCUCAUCCAAAACCUACCAGGUCUUAAGGAGUUUGACCUACAUGGCCGGUCAAAAUUUGAACCUUUCAUGGCCAUAGACAAUGCAAACAAUAUCAUGGUGACGUUCAAGUUCCACGGCCCUCCUUUAGUCAGUCGUGCCACGGUACCACCUACUGCACUACCUUACACUGCCAAUGAAAUAGACCGCUUAACCGGAGGCACCAAUACCAUCGUAAUUAUUGGCAUCUGGGCUCACAUUACACCUCUCCCCAUAGAGCUCUACAUACGGCGGCUGCAGGGCAUCCGAAGGGCAGUGGUGCGGCUGCUGACCAGGGCUCCAGGGACAGUGGUUAUCAUCCGGACAGGAAACCCCAGAGCUUUGACAUUUGAUCUGUCGCGAAUCUUCAGUGACUGGUACUCGUUGCAGCGUUAUAAAGUGCUCAGAGCCAUGUUUAAAGGAAUGGAUGUUCAUCUGAUCGAUGCCUGGUCGAUGGUCCUGGCCCACCACCUGCCACAUAAUGUCCACCCACGACCUCCCAUUAUUAAAAACAUGAUUGAUGUUCUUUUGUCCCAUGUGUGCCCUCAAAAAGACAGCUAGAUGUGUGUUGAUGGGGGGAGGGAGUCUAGAUUCAAGCAUACACCAAGUUUACAUGUUGUCUACAUGUUGAGAAGUGAAGAGAACGGUGGCGGUGAGUGUGAACCACACAAUGAUAUGGUGAUGAGCAGGUGAAACACUGUGCAGCUGAUGCAGAGGUCAAACAGCCAAUUCAAAGUCUACUAUGUGAAAGAGCUGUAUAGGAACCUGGUGCCAGGCCAGACCUCAUGGGUCCUCACUAAGCAGCAAUUUGUGAGGUCUCAAAAAAGGCCACAGUAACAUUCACAGGAUUUGGCUGGACUGAAAAGAAAAAUGUUUGGGGCAAGCAGGAGGGUUUUUUUCAUGGUAUUUAAGACACAGUCAGAUUGUCAAACGUUAGUCUAAACUGAAUAGUUUUGGCUUAGCUUAUUGUGUCUGUAUCAACUGCACCAAGCCAUUUGCAUCUGAUCCUGCUCCAUCAAGUGUCCAUCGAGUAUUUUUUGUGACUCCAGUGCUUUUGACAAAAGGGUUAUUAACAAAGAAAUGACUGGAGGUCCAGACCACUUUUCUGGCCAAGGUUGGGAACAAAUUUGCCACAACAGAUGUCUCCACUGAGUUUAAUCAGGAUUGCUCUUAUACAACUUGAGUUAUGGCCUUUUUUUUUUUUUUUGCUAAGCCACACCCUCUGCAAAGGCUUUUUGAUUCAUGGCAAAAAUGUUGUUUGUCCAAUCUUGCUUAUCUAUGAAACUGAAUUGAAACUAUGCACAUUCGCUAAAAAUCAAAGAUUUUCAAAUAUACUUUUUUCAAAAUGGUGUAUUUAAAUAUUUGCGCAUACAGGGGUCCCUAAACAGUCUUGGAAUUACAUAAAUUUUGUAUGACUGGAAAGAGUUGACAGCCAUAAAGUCUUAACUUCUUUGUAUGAGAAGAGCUAUAUAAAUAAAGUCUGAUUGAUUUA